UAAGAGCUGUCCUUUUAUUCCCGUGUAUGCGAACUUAAUAAGGCGAGGUGGGACUAAGUUGUGUCUGCUAAACAAAAAACAGCUCCCACAGAGAUGGCCGCCGGAGAUGCCACCCACGCGCCGCCGGCCGCGGAGGCGCAGUCUCUGGUGGAGUCGUUCUGCGCCGUCACCUCGGCGACCCCCGACGAGGCGACCUUCUUCCUGGAGGGCCACAACUGGGCCCUCGAGGCCGUCGUUCGCUCCUUCUACGACAACACGGAAGUCGACGCCGAUGGGCCCGAUCCAGCACCCCAGCCCCCGCCAGCCGGUUCGCCUCCGUGCUCCUCACCACGCGCUACGGCACCAUCGACGACCUCCUCCAAACCGGCGAGCUCGCGCUAUGUUCAGUUGUGCUCAUGUACGGGCUCAUCAUAAUCCUGAGCAGUGCCGCCAAGAUCACUCACCAAGCGCAGGCCUUGACGGGCCAGACCACCAAGUGGCACGCCUGCUGCACCAUCGAGCCGGUCCCGGACGACGAGAUUGAUCCAGGAUCCAACCAGAACUCCAUGCUGGAAGAGUACCCAGAGGACGAGAGCGACUGCGAGUCCAGCGAGGAGACCGGAGACGAGGACAUGCUAGAGAACACCAAGUUCCUCCAGCCUCACACGCACGUGAUCUCCUUCCAGAAAAGACAGGCACUAGUGACGUACCUGGAGAACAACAAGGCAGGCAUCACCGUGUUUGGGUUCACACUGGACCGGUCGUACCUCCACACGAUAUUCAUGCUCGAGUGGACGCUCUUCCUGUGACGGCUGGGGAAAACGGUCGGUUUCUCGUUAACACCAAGGAAUGUACGCACCAAGGUUCCAUGUUUUUUUUGCUGUUGUGCCCCGUUUGAUCCUUGUGAAAAGAGAAGGAAUUGGGUUUUUUGUGUGUGCGCGCGGGUGUGCACGUGAGUGGUGUGCACUUGUACAUUUUGUGUGAUGGUCGUGUAAAUUAUUAUGGGUUGAUUGCUCGUGGAUGUAAGGUGCAUGUACAGGUUUAGAUGAGUGCUUUAGAGCCUCAUGUGUGUGUGCGUGCGUGCGUGACGCUUGGCAUUGCAGGUUUAUAAUCUCGGAUUGUAAAAAAAAGAAAACUAUUUCGUUUAUCUUGGUUCUGCCGGCUA